AUGUCUGACAACAGCGGGUUCGUCCGCCUCAAUCCCGCUUCCCAGGCUCUUGCUGACCGUCUCCUCUCCUCCAGUGCCCUCCCCGGCUUCCCCAGCCCUUCCCCCAUCACCUACACCACCACCAACAGCACCACCAGUGGUGCCAACAACGCUCUCGGUCUCCUGCUGUUUGGCCAUAGCGGUGUUUUCCCCGCCUCCUCUACUCCGUCUGCUACCACCUACACCCCCAUCACCGGUGACGGCAACGUUCUCCUCGGUCACCCGCUUUCUGCCCCGACCCCCUCUCCCACCCGUAGUGGCGACAAGCGCAAACCCAAGCGCAAGGCGAGGUCUUCUGCACACGCCUCCAACACCAGGGGCAUCAAGGCGAGCGCAGCCGACAAGAAAAGACACCCUGAGAACUACAUCCGUAUGCCCGCCUCAUGCGAGCACUGCAGGCAGCAACGAAAGAAGUGCCAACGAAACAGGCUUGACGCCUGCAUCCAGUGUACCGACGAUGAUUGCGAGUGCAUAUUUGUGGUCAAGGGCAAGCCAGGCGCGAAGAAGACUUCUAGAAAGCUCGUCGCUUUGGCACGUAUGUUCUCUGAGAACGUCAUUGCCGGCAUGCCGUCUACCCCGUCUCUUGCCUCGUCUUCCAGAGCGCCCUCUAUGAGUUCUAUCACUCCCAUCACCCCGGCCAGGUCCAACGUCUAG